AUGGAGCUCAAUCCGGAUGGUGGAUUGAGGCAAAGAAAAGGGAUAACGAAAAUCGUGGAGGAUUUUGAUAUUUUUGAAAAAGUGGUGGAAAAUGUGAAAGAAGAGCAGAAGGCGUCAUCUGGCUUGAGUGAGUAUUGAUUUUUUUUGUUGGAUAAUUAAUUAGACACGGUAUUUUUCAGUCUCAUUUUUGUGCUUCACACUAAUUUUGUUCCUGUUUUCAACAGAAACUUAUGCGUUUUUAUUCUCCAAAAAAUUCGAAUAUAAAGUCGGCGUUGAUACAGAAAUGGAUGAGUAAGUUUUCACGUUUUGUUUUCUUUGGAAUAUAAUUUAUUUCAGAAUGCCAAUGCUAGACUUGGAUAUGAUUGUGGCAACACCGUGUGGAAGUCUUCAAGUGAUAUCUUCAACCGAUCAAUACACUGAAAUUUUUGGCGGACUUCAGCAAACGAUUCAGAAAAAUCCGACACGAUUCGAGUUUACUGAUGAGGAACAAAUGUAUUGGACGAUUUUGAGACAUGCUCAUGCUCAGUAUAAUAAACAAGGAAUUCGAGCGAUUGAGCAGGUAACCUUUUUUUGCUUUUGAAAAAAAAAACUACAAAAUUUGAAAGAAAAUAUUCCAAUAAAAAAAUUGUUUCCAUGGUUUUUGUUGAGAAUAAUUCUUAGAAAUUUAUUGGAAAUUUGACUUACAGAUUUUUUUAAUUCAAAUAUUUUUCUAGAAAUUCUGACAGAACAUUAGGAGUCAAAAACAUUUUCCAAAGUCUCCGAAAAUCCACAAAAAAUCUCGAAAAAAAACACCGGAAACCAAAUCUCCAUAAAUUCCCUCAACCCCAAAACUUCUUUUUUUUCAGCUUGAAUACAUUGAUGAUGACGUCGAAAGCACUCUUGAACAUCUUGCUGAAGAAAAACAAAAAGAUGAAGCCGAACAUAUUUUAUCCGAAAGAAAGAAGGCGAAAAAAGAAGGUCGAGGUGGUCAUGGAGGAGGAUUUGGACAAGUUGUGAGUUUGAAUAAAACUACGCUGGAAGAAAAUGUUGAUAAUGUCGUUUUCCAGAUGUUUUUGGUGAAUAAUGGUGCUGGUAUGUUUCAAUUGGUGGCGGAUAAUGGUGGUGGAACAGGAGCGGAAGAAGGUGAGAUUUUUUAAUGGAUUUGAAUUUGGAUAUUUAAAAAACUCAUUUUUUCUAUAAUUUUUGGGAAGCUUUUUUUCUUCUUAAUUUAUAUAUUCAUAUCACGUUUUAAAUUUACAAGAAAUUGAGAGAGAGAAGAAAAUACAUCUUUAAGCCAAAAUAAAUAUUUAAAUAAAAAGAAGGAGAUUGGAAAAUUUAAGAUGCCAAGAUUUUUGAGGUUAGUGAUUUAGAAUAUAAGAUGGACUUUUGUACCCGCAAGAGUACGGUAGUCCAAAUGUGCAUAGUGAGAUUUAUGCUUUGAGAAAAUGGUUAGAUGGCAGAGACUUCAGAUGUGGAAUUAUAUUAUGAGGGAGACGAGUUAGUGUUUUUGAGGUUUUAUUCCAGAGAGAAAUGUGUUUGUGCAGAAAUGAAUUGUUUUUGCGAGAGCCAAUACAUUUUAGGUGGAGGGGGUAGCGCUGAGAGGUGGAAGAUGUAACAAAUAGGGGAAGGGAGGGGAAAUGACUAGAGUUGGUUAGGAUUUAUAAUACAUUGUUGUGAUAAAAAUGAGUUGCCCAUGUUGGGUUGAGAUUAGAUUGAAUUGGGAGAGACGGUUUUGGUAUGAUGUGUAGGAUAAAUUGCAUCUUUUGAAAACGCAAUUGAAGGGGUUUUUCCAGUUUUUGGAUUUGUGAAAUUGAGGAGGGAUGGUAGAUCUCGCAACCCUAAUCUAAUAAGGGCAUAACAUAAGAAUAAAAGAAUUUGAACAAAAAAUUAGGGUUUUUCUUUUUUUCUGUAGAAAAUUGAUCGUUAAAAAAGAAACCUUCUCUUUCUUCUGGUUCUUUGUCCUUACUUUUAUCGUUUUUGUGAGAAUUUUAAAAUCGAUUUGUUUCUUUUUUGUUGUUAAAAAAACGCUUCGAUAAAAAAAUUAAAUUGAAAUUAAUUGUUUUUUCAUAGAAACUACCUCACUUGUUAUCAAAAACUUUGCAACAUUUGAAUUUCUGAUUUUGUUUAUCAAUGAAAUUGAAAUUCAAGCAAAAUCAAUCUCUUAUCAGUCUCACUCGACCAGUCAUAAAAAUAGUAUCAUUUGUUCUUCCAGGUACCGCAUGUCGUGUUCACGGAAAGUUCAAGGUUCGAAAAGGAAGCGAGGAGAAAAUCGUGAUAUCGAUCGCAAAUCCAAUGCAGCUUUUUGAUCAUUUUGGAGCAACCUGUGAGUGUUUUUUCUUUGUUUCUUUGCUUUUAUUGAUUAUUUUAUAGCUGGCAACAUUUCACAUCGCAUCGAAAAAUUCAACUUUGGCCCCAGAAUUCCUGGAUUGGUUACACCAUUAUCUGGCGCUGAACAUAUUUCGGAAAGUGGUCAGGAUAUUUAUCGAUAUUUUAUCAAAGUUGUACCAACAAAAAUCUAUGGCUAUUUUGGUUAUACAAUGGCAUAUCAAUACUCGGUCACAUUUUUGGUAGGUUUAUGAUCAUUAGAAGAAACACAGUGUAAUAAAAAAUAAUUAAAUUUUUUUAGAAAAAGAAAUUGGCCGAAGGCGAACAUUCACAUGGUGGUAUUUUAUUUGAGUACGAGUUUACUGCAAAUGUGAUCGAAGUUAGGAGAACUUCAACGUAAGUUGACAUAAAACGAAAUUGAUGACGUCAUAUUUUCUUUGUUACAGAACAAUAUUCUCUUAUCUGAUUCGUAUUUGUUCGAUAUUGGGUGGUGUUUAUGCGACGAGUACAAUAAUCAAUAAUUUUGUCCAAUUUUUCCUCUCAUUUUUGUAUCAUUCGGAACCGAAAUUGCUGGCAAACGUCCAACAACGAGCCAGUUUAUCGACCGACUCGGAAACGCAUCUUAUCAUGGACGCAAAUAUCAGGGUGCACUAG